ACGAUUCUCUCCUUCUUCCACUGUUGCGUGCCCUAGCCCCUCUCUGCGACUCCCGAUGCUUGCCUUCACCCGCGCUUGCUGUCACCUCCGAUCGCCGUCUUGACUGACUACUGCGAGUAAGCACCGUCGUCUUAGUCUCGCUCUUCCUCACCUCAGUGGCCACCGGCCACCGGCCGGCCCUGAAACUCCACUGUCAGGAUAUGGAGGUUAGUACAAUCAGAGAUGGAUUCGACCGUGUAGUUAAGAAGCAGAAGCUGUCUAAUUCGAAAUCGCAAGAAGUAAUCGAUCACGUCGGGUGUGAGAUCAGGGAUGCCUUGGCAAAAUUCCAUUCGGUCGAGGAUCAAGCUUUCAAUCAGAAAUCCAUUCUGUCGGAUCUUAAGAACAAGCUCAAUGCAUGUGGUCCGCACAGCAUGCUGGAAGGUGUGCAGAAGGAAUUGAAUGCCAACAUCGGCAAGUACAUGAAACUCCUCGAGAAAUAUUUCAAUCCUGACAUAUCAAAGGCAUACAGGAACGUCGAUUUUGACUUCCACACGGUGAAUAAGAUACUGGUCGGCCACUUUUAUCGGCAAGGAUUGUUUGAAAUUGGCGAUUGCUUGGUGAAUGAAGCCAGGAAUCCCGAGGCAACUGAGUUGAGAUCCCAUUUCUGGGAAAUGCACCAUAUCGUGGAGGCAUUGAGGGCUAAAGACAUCGACCCCGCGCUCAAAUGGGUCUUAGCGAAACGCGAGAAGCUUGCUGUCUGCGGAUCAAAUCUUGAGCUGAAACUCCACAGACUCCAAUUCAUGGAGAUUCUGCAGAGAGGAACCCGAGUUGAUGCCUUAAAUUAUGCCCGAACUUGUCUUGCUCCUCUUGCUUCCCAAAAGUUGGAUGAAUUCCAGAAGCUGAUGGCUUGCCUCUUGUGGCAAGACCGGCUCGACUCCUCGCCUUAUGCCGAGCUGACAGACCCUACCCACUGGGCUAAAUUUACAAAGGAGCUGACCCAGCAGUUCUGCAGCCUCUUGGGCCAGCCCUACGAGAGCCCCUUAACCGUGGCUGUUGCAGCUGGAUCCGAAGGGCUGCCCACCCUUCUAAAGCUCGCCAAUGUGAUGGCUGCAAAGAAGACCGAGUGGCAGGCCAUGAAGCACUUACCAGUUCCGGUGGAGUUGGGAAAGGAGUUUCAGUUCCACUCGAUAUUCGUUUGCCCGGUGAGUCGGGAUCAAGCCAGUGAAGAGAAUCCCCCAAUGCUCCUGCCCUGCGGCCACGUCCUUUGCAAGCAGUCGAUCAUGAAGCUCUCGAAGAGCAGUACACGGACUUUCAAGUGCCCGUACUGCCCAGCUGAGGCUGCGGUCACACAGUGCAGGCAGCUUUACUUCUGAUAGGAACCUCUUCUUCCUCUGGCUCUGCCCUCUCAGUUCUCACCCUCUCAAUAAUUAGCUCGAGUUACUCGGAAAUGUUGAUAGUGAUGAUUUUUGUUACAGAGAUCAUUUCUGGUACUGUGUAUAUAUAGAUGAUUUCUAUACACAUGUCACCUCGAGAUAUACGCGCGUUUCAUUACGUUUCAUGUAUCUAUGAUUAUUUCAAAUCA